UGACAGUUUUGGUUACUAUUAGUUACUGCAUAAGUGCAUAUGCAUGGCUACUCUACUGGACUUAGAAAGCAAAUGUAAGAACACGAUUGACACGAACAAUUUUGGUAUCUGAUAAACCAGCGUGGAACUUUUUUAAGGGAUGAAAAGCCACGAAAUCCAGGCGUGUUCUUUUUCUGAAUGGUAUCCACUGUUCAAGAAGGUGACGUUUCCUAGCAAAAUUAUUCCGUUAACCCAAGAGUUUGUCGACUACCUGCUCGCCGAUAACUUAGUGUUACGCAGCGAUCAAGCGUUGCUUACAUAUUCCCGAGAUGAUUCAAACUCCAGUGAUUCUGAAGAUGAUGAAGAAGGUUGGGCUAAGGCAGAAAGCGAGACACCUGCACUUGAGGCCCCACAUUUUGAAGACAUUGACAAAGAGAUUACCACAGCAAUAGCUGAAUUUGGUGGUAAAGCCUUUAUAAAAUUAAACUGGAGUUCUCCCAAGGAUGCUGCUUGGAUUGCAUUAAAUAAUUCGCUUCAGUGUCACAUGUCUGCUGAUGUACAUCUACUGCUGAAAAGCUCUGAUUUUAUUCUUCAUGAUCUGACUGAGCCAUUCAAAGAAUGUGAAGAUCAAAAUGUCAAUCAAACUCCUGUGAAGUAUAAUCUUGUUUUGAGAAAGUGGGUUGAAAUAAACCCUGUGAAUGAAUUCCGUUGUUUUGUCCAAAAUAAAAAUCUAAUAGGAAUCUCACAGAGAGAUGAUACUCAGUUUUCUCCCUUCAUUGAAAAAGAAAAGGAAGACAUAGUUCGUGACAUUGUCAGUUUUUUCAAAGAACAGAUACGUCCUAAAUUUCACCUCGACAACUAUGUGAUGGACGUAUUUCGACAACGAAAGGAUAAAAUUGUUUUGAUCGAUUUUAAUCCUUACGGGGUUAUCACAGACUCUUUGUUGUUCGACUGGAAUGAAGAUUUGCUACAGAUUAGCGACGCUUCAGAGACGACAUCGCCUUCCGAUUGCGCUAGCGCUACGCCCGAUUUUCGCUUCAUUCCCGAAGAGUCAGGGAUCCGUAGCAAUCCACUCCGUCGUUAUUGCGUUCCGGAAGACAUAGCCCAUUUAACGUCGGGUGAAGAUCCUUUCAAACUGAUGGACCUUCUGAAAUUACGAUCAGGGACCCAAGAAGAUAAUGCCGAUAGUGACUGACAAUUUUUGGUUGUGUAAAUCUUGUGGUUUCACGUAUUCAUGGGAAUACAACUCAUACAAUAUAUGCACACUAGAAAUUCAA